GUAUUAGCUAUAUAUUUUUUUAAUAUCUCUUUGCGCUCGCGAUUCUAAACUUACAAAGAUAUUAAUAACAAAAGGGAACGAAAUUCAUGAGUUUCGCUGUCAUCGGAGAGCAAGAAUCCUUGGCCGAGUUUUGAUUAUGCCGCUGAAUACGGCGGAUACGGUAAACUGAAGGUGGAUCAAGUUUCCGGCGGCUCUCGCAUCCCGUCUCGGCUACGACUUAUUUCGGGAAACUAUGGAGCUAUACAAGAGAAUACCCGCGAACGCGUACAGGGACACCGGAUCGUAUCGUCACAGUGAGUUUUGCUCUAAUUGCGGACAGAACGAGCCGGAGGACGUGCCGCGCGACAUCGCGAUGCUUAAAAGGAGAACGAGGAAUUAUGAGAAGCAUUGUCCUUCGUGCCACUGCCCGCCCGAGAGGCGAAGAUUCCCUUCGCCCGGUAGGCCAAGGACCUCGGAGAACGUGGAAGCGAUGAUAAAUCGAUGUGAACGCGUCUUCGCGGAGCCGAUUAGCUCGGCCAUCAAGAAAUCGCAGAGCAGUCCCUUGUCGCAGAAGCUAUACUGGCACGAUUGUCAAGCGGAUUCUCAUCCUCGUUGCCCGAGAAGACCGCUGCAGGCUCGCCGUCAGCGGAGAAGCGAGCACGACAGGUAUAUGAUCAGAAUGAAGGGAGAUACCGCGAACUCGGAAAUGAUCAACGAAGAUAUCGCGGCUUGCUCCAAGUACGCGCGAGCGGUACCCGUCAAAAGCUCAUUGAAGAAACACGGUCAUUGCAGACAAUCUGAGAGAUCGCCAGACGAGCCGGUAUGUUCCGACGUCGAGAGCGAGGUGUCGAUGAAGUACAUCCCGCACGUUCUCCAGUCGAGGAAGUCGCGCGUGCUGGAACCUGAGCCGAGACGUCGCUACGUCGACGUCGGGGACGGCGAGUAUAACGUCGCGGAGGCGAGGCACGAGAGCGACGCCGAGUCUCAGGAGAUGAGGAACCUCGUUCUGGGCCUCGAGGAGCUGGAUAGGCUGAAGCGAGGCGACGGCGAGGCGACGGCGACGAUAAGCGAGGACGACAAGAGGCUCGAGAGACGGAGAUCCGGCGACGUCGCGAGAACGGCGAAAUCGCGAAAGUCCGCGGACGUUGCCCCUUGCUGCGUGGCGAGCAAGUCGUCCGCGUUGAUCGGCCAGCCAAUUAAUAGACCCACGAAGGAAUUCGUGCUUAAUGGACCCGCGCAUCUGACAAAGCUGGAUCUCCACGCCACGAAAACUCGCAUUCUGGAAUCGAUCGACCGUAUGCUCGGUACCAUGGACGACGCGAAAAAUGACGCGCCUAUGCAGCAGCAGGAGCAAACGGAGCAAGAGACCGUCGAGAAGAUAACUCGCGAACUUCAGGAGAACGGCUGGCAAUUAUUGUUCAACGGUCUGACGAUCCAUAGAAAUUCGGUGGACACCAGCAGGCGGAUCGUUCGUCUGGAAUGUCUGAAUCACAUUCGGCAGCAGCUCGACAAACUCUACGCUCUCGAGUCGAUUUUGGACAAUUGCCCGCCUAAGCUGCAGCCUCUGUCGAGCAGCGAUAUGCCGCGCAACGAGGAAUGUCAACAGUCGCAGCAUCAAUUGGAGCAGAAAACUACGGAUUCUUGAGCCAAAAGUUCGCAUUCCCUUUUUUUUUAAGUAUAUUUAAACGUCAUCAUAAAUUCCGGAGGAUCCACGAUUUUAUAUAAGCGUCGAUUGUGCAAACGACACAUAUAUAAAAUCUGUAUAUAUUUUAUAUUUUUGUAUUAUACAUCGUGAAUAUUUAUAGAUUGCUGCGACGAAAUAACUGCGAAUGCAAAUAUCAUCGCGCACAGGCCGCAGAAGUAUAAUGUAUACUAUUGAAAUGUCUAUGUGUCUAAUGUGACUUUUAAUUUAAAUAUAUGAAAUUUUAUAAAACACAAA